AUGCCACCAGACAGAACCCACGUUGCAUGCCUCCGAUGCAGGAAAAAGAAACGCAGAUGCGAUGGUCAGACACCCUGCCGAAAUUGCUCCAACGCAACACAGAAUUGCUUGUACGACGAGCACGCCAAAAGAGGAACCCCAGACAAGCGCCUCACAACACAGAAAAGUCCAGCCCACGAGACACCAAGGCAAGAAGACGCAGCAAAAACUGAGCUAAACUCUGGGGACGUACUAGCCAAGCGACUCGGGCUUUGGUCCGAUUCAUCCCUCAUCGGUCCCCGUUUGUGCUCCUGGAACUUUCGUCUGCAUGAAGAACCCCGGUACAUGCAAGAAACAAGGCCUCUGGUUGAGAUUUUGAGCCCUGAACACAUGCGACAGCUGACAGACAUCUAUUUCACGGAGAUCCAACCUGUCUACCCAUUUCUCGGGCGUGAGAUGAUUGACCAAGCAACAGCCGCUCUGGGAUCCGGUGAAGUCCCCAAUAGUUCAAUGAAUUCCGUGCUUCUGGGAAUUGCAGCUUUGGCCUGUCUCUUUAGCCACCAGGAUGCCGACUUGGAGAAGGAGAUUCUACAGAAUGCUCGCGCCAGUCUCGAAUACACCACAACGUUCGAACCACCCACUGUGAACCAUGUCGUUGCAUGGCUUCUUCGUGUCUUAUUCCUUCGAUUCAACAGUUCACCUAAUGCAACAUGGAUUGCAAGUUGUACACUGAUGCACAUGAUUGAGACGGUCAAUAUACACAUGGACCCGCAACCGGGCGACUCGAAGGACUCAACGGACAGCGUUUACAGCCCCCGGCUGAAACGGCAGAUAUAUUGCACCGCUCAAAUCUUUAACACUUGGAUUUCAUAUGAAUAUGGCAAGCCCCGUGUCAUUCCUCGUGAAGCAUCACAUGCUGCCCCAUCCGAAGGCUGGACAAAAGUAGAUCAAGUUAUUUGGCAUCUCUCCGACGCCCUUGAUCCUAGUCAUCAUGUCGAAUCCACGGAAUUAGAGAAUAUGCUUUUUCAAAUCGUCGAGCUCCGGCCUCGUCAUCCAGCCGUCCAACUCAAGCGCUGCAAUAUUUCUCUGUGCAUAUAUCGUCGCCUUCGAGUCGCCGGGCGAACGAUAUCAAAAGAAGCCAUCGAUCAAAUCUUGCAAAUUGUGGAUGAUGGGCUAUCUCAUGCGACCGUCAUGGCCAAGAAGAAACUACCCUGGUGGCACAUCUUGAACGUCCCUUUCCAAAUCAUUUGUGUGUUGCUCGCAAUUGAUACCAAAGAAUCCCUACAGCGUGUUGGAAAAUCUUUUCAGACACUACAAUUGAUUGGUAGCGAGUAUGGAACCCACGCAAUCGACAGAACAUGGGAGAGUGCUUGUGCUUUACUAGCGAUACAAAGUCAAAGAAAGAGGGAGGAUUUGGAUAUUCUGACUCGGAUCGAGAAUGAAUAUGCAGCCGCACCAUCCGCUGCAAUGAAUUCAAAUCUGACACACGGACUUGGGGAGGACUUCAUCGCUUCGGGGAUGCUUUGGGAUCUGGACCAGAUUCUGUCCACAAAUGUUUGCGGUCUGUAA